AUGGAAAUGUUGUACGAAAUCACGCACAAGAUGCAGGAGAAGGAUGACAACACUUUUGAUCAACAAAUUAAAGUAGCAAAGACUUUGGUAAUUAAAUUCCGAGAGGAAAUAUCGGAGAAGAUAAAACGAAACAUUGAAGAUUCGUUCGAUUCAUUCCUGUCGGACAUUGAACUCAUAAAUCAGUCUGUUCAUGAUGAAAAUAUUAACUUGUCUUUCUCAACAAAUAGAAAUACGCCUGAAGAUGUUAAAUAUAACAAUGAACAGAAAAAGAAAGAGAGAGGAGAACUUCCAGAUAAAGAGUUUGUUGCUAGGCGAUCAGUACUGACAGAUUUGUUUGAGAUCAGUCAUAUACGAAGUAUAUACCAUGUGUUUGUUGCCAUUCUCAUCAUCUUCUCUAUCAACACUAUACUCAUGGAUAUUGUGGAGAAAGGCUCACUAGGACUUGAAUUCAACCUUUUAACAUGGGGUUUAGGUAAAUUUCCAAAAGUGGUCUCCCUUUGGUUAUGUAUGCAGUUUAGUACAUUGAUAAUUGUCUACCCUGGAUUUUAUGGCUGGAGUGUUUAUAGACCAGAAGGAAAAGCAGGUUUGUUUGACUAUGUAGGGCUAGCCCUGUAUGUCAUUUACCAGAGUUUCUUUAUGGUCAUACCUGUUGUAUACAUAUUUGAAAAUCAGAUACCACCUGGGUCAGCUUGCAUCAUUACAUGUGAACAGUUGAGGUUCAUGAUGAAAUCCCAUGCAUUUGUCAGAGAAAACUUUCCGAAGGUUUUGGAAUAUAACAGCAAAGAUAGUAAAGAUCAUGACAGAGCUGACCUAUGUCCAGAUUUCUCCAAAUAUUUGUACUUCUUGUUUGCACCUACACUUAUAUACAGAGACAAUUAUCCCAGAACGGCAACGAUACGUUGGGGAUAUGUUGUUAGCAAUUUUGCUCAAGUGUUAGCCUGUACCUUGUACAUUUACUACAUAUUUGAAAGAUUUUGUGUGCCGGUGUUCCGGAAUUUCAACAGAGAUCAUGUUUCAGCAAAAUUAUUUAUCACCUCUGUGUUCAGCUGUAUGCUACCUGGAGCAUUAACUUUAUUACUAGGCUUUUUUGCAAUACUACAUUCCUGGUUGAAUGCUUUUGCUGAAAUGUUACGUUUUGCUGACAGAAUGUUUUACAAGGAUUGGUGGAACACAACAUCAUUUGCCAGCUAUUACAGAACAUGGAACAUUGUAGUACAUGACUGGCUUUAUACAUAUGUAUAUAAAGAUUUUUGCAGAGUUCUGGGACCAAGAUAUAGGAGUUUGUCAAUGGCAUUGGUAUUUCUGAUAUCUGCUGUGGUACAUGAGUAUGUCAUAGUGAUGGCCCUUGGCUUCUUUUAUCCCGUCUUGUUUUUUAUGUUCAUGGGAGCUGGUUUUGGUUUCAUCUUUGUGAAAGGCACAGGACGGAGUUGGAAUGUCUUUUUAUGGCUGGCUUUAUUUAUGGGAAUGGGAGUUUUAUUCUGUGUGUACAAUAUGGAAUGGUUUGCAAGACAAAAUUGUCCAGAAAAUUAUGAUCAUUUUAUGGAUUAUGUUGUACCACGAUCAUGGACGUGCAACUUUGAUGCCAUGAAAAGUAACACAGAAUCCUGACUGACAUAGAAAUACAGAUUUUAUUUAAGUCUCAUACAUGUAAAAAAACAACCAAAAAAUGCCAAAUUUUUAAUCCUGUGAAAUUAUCAUUUUUAUUGAAGAUUUUUGUAUGUUAAUAUUACAUAAGAUUGAACAAUAUAAUAACAAUAAUGAUUGUUGAUAUGCUAAAAUGUAGAUGUAUUUAUGUCCGAACAAAAUUAAAAAUUUUGAUCAAAACAUUUUUUUAAAAUAAAUGUGUUUUACAACAAGUGUGUAAUUAUAACUGUUUUUUGUGUAGAACAUUUAGAAAUUUCACAAAUAUUUUUAUUUGAUACAGACUUCCAUUGCAGCCAACACAAAAGUUUAUGAUUUAUAGAGAACAUGCAUUGGUUCCAGUUUUAUGAAAUGCUAGCUGUAAUCUAAUGUACUUUUAAUUUAUCGUUUUUCAUUUUGCUUGAUUUUGUUUGAACAAGAACAUUUGAUGCAUUUAUAGUAACCUUUUCAUGCAUAAUAUCUUUAGUAGCUUUAAAUAUUAAGGUUUAAUAUUUCUAUUUAGAAGAUUUUGAAUUAAAAUACUUAUGAUUAAAAAAAUUAGGCCCUUCUCUGUGUACAUUUGUACUGGUCUGGAUGAAAUACAAAAUUUUGACAAACAUUAUACAUAUAAUUAACUAUGUAUCACAACAUUGUUAAAACUAUUUUUUACUUGCUGCCUUGGGUGUCUGUGGCAGAGUUGUUAACGUCUUUGAUUUCAAAGCAUUUGCCCCACGCAGCUAAGGUUUUCCUCCACCAGUAAACUUUGAAGUUGGCAUAUGACCUUAACAGUGUUGGUGCGACUUUAAACACAACAACAAUAACUUUCACUGUCUUCAAAACCGUUUCACUAACACCAUACUGUAGUUUGACUGCAAAAAAAUUAUACUUGUCUUUUAUAUCUGAUAAAAGUUUAACUGAUAUAUUUUUUUUCCACAUUUGUAUGACAAUUAAAAGGUAUUAAGUACAAGAAUUAAGCCAAAACAAUUAAUUAUUAUUGACCUUAAAUUGUUUUUUCUCAUCCAAUUAUCUUUCAAGUUCAAAUUUAUUUGAAGAAAUGCUUUGCAAUGUUAUCAAUAUAUGUUUUAUUCAAGUAUGAGAUUGACUUAAACAUUUUAAAAUUUACAGUCUUGCAUUGUAUUAAUGUUGUAUUUUUUGUGUUUUUAUUUUCCAUUUUCCAUCAUUGUGUUUGUAUGUCUAUUUUUAUUUUGAAGAAUUUUGUCAAGUCAGAAGUUAUAGAUAGAUAUGUAUAUAUAGAAAUGUUGCUGGACAAUAUUUUGGUGUGUUGCAUUUGUGUAUUUAUUGAUCUUGCAUGUAUAAUUAAUUAUAUAUGUAAUUAUGAAUAAGAAAUUCUGUAAGAGGGAAGUUACUAAUGUAAUAAAUGAAAUGGUAAUGUUACUGUAGAAAAUAUGUGAAUAAAUGUAAACAUUUUAGUAAAACAAAUAGCUAUAGCAAAAAUUUUGCCUCUUGCAUUUUUAGCUCACCUGUCACAAAGUGACAGGGUGAGCUUUUGUGAUCGCUUUUCGUCCGGCGUCCGUCGUCCGUCCGUCGUCCGUAAACUUUUACUUUAAAUGACAUCUCCUCAUAAACCACAAGGCCAAUUUCAUCCAAACUUCACAGGAAUGUUCCUUUGGUGGUCACCUUUAAAAAUUGUUCAAAGAAUUUAAUUCCAUGCAGAACUCUGGUUGCCAUGGCAACCGAAAGAAAAAACUUUAAAUAUCUUCUUUAAAAAAACCAUAAGAGCUAGAGCUUAGAAUAUUUGGCAUGAAACAUCUUCUAGUGAGUGUCUACCAAGUUUGUUCAAAUAAAAGCCCUGGGGUCAAAAUUGGCCCCGCCCCGGGGGGUCAUUGAUUUUCCCUAUAUGCAUAUAGUAAAAACUUAAAAAAUCUUCUUUUAAAGAACUCAAAGAGCUAUGGCUUAGAUAUUGAGCAUCAAACAUGUUCUAAUAGGUGUCUACCAAGUUUGUUCAAAGAAAAGCCCUGGGGUCAAAAUUGGCCCCGCCCCAGGGGGUCAUUGAUUUUCCCUAUAUGCAUAUAGUAAAAACUUAAAAAAUCUUCUUUUAAAGAA